CGGGAGCAACAGUCGAUCCCCGCAGGAAUGACCGGAGUUUCCACGGACUGCCGCACUCUGUCUUAGUUUCCACGUCCUCGCGGCGGGGACACAGAAGAGGAGCGACCCCCGGGACCGUCCGUUGAUCGGGGCGCGCGUCUCCAGGUGUCCACGCAGAAACGUUCCACGGUCACGCUCCGCUCAGCCACCCUAGUCCCGGUCGGCAUGCAGCUGAGAGGCGCGCGCGCGGCGGCGGAACGCGGCUGAGAGUCUGCACAGAGAUCCGCGGAUCGGUCCGAAACCCGAGCAGCGCCAUGCGGAGCCCGUGGAGCGCGGCGCUGUGCUGCCUUGUCCUGCAGGCGCUGCUGCAGCCCGGCAGAGGUCUGAACGUGUGCACCAGCGGCAGCGCGGCCUCCUGUGCGGAAUGCCUCCUGAUCCAUCCCAGCUGCGCCUGGUGCGCUCAAGAGGUCUUUGGGAGGAACCAGACUCUGGUGUCACGCUGUGAUCUCGUCCAAAACUUGCAAAAGAAGAACUGUGAGAAACGCUUCAUCGAGUUCUCAACCAGUCAUGUCCAAGUGCUGAAGAACAUCCCCCUGAGCUCAAAAAGAUCCGGGUUUGUCUGGGACCGUGUGGUCCAGGUCAGUCCCCAGAAGAUCUCCCUGAGCUUGCGUCCAGGACACCAGGCACAGUUCAGUCUGCAGGUUCGACAGGUGGAGGACUACCCAGUGGAUCUGUACUACUUGAUGGACCUGUCUCUGUCCAUGAAAGACGACUUGGCCACCAUCCGGAACCUGGGCACAAAGCUGGCUCUUGAGAUGGGGAAGCUCACCAGCAACUUCAGACUUGGCUUCGGCUCCUUUGUGGACAAGAACAUGUCCCCUUUCUCCUACACCGCCCCCAAGUAUCAGGAAAACCCCUGCAAUGGAUUCAAGCUGUUCCCCCAAUGCGUCCCCACCUUCGGUUUCCGGCACAUUCUCCCCCUGACCGACCAGGUGGAUCGAUUUAACCAAGAGGUGCAGAAGCAGCUGGUAUCUCGCAACAGGGACGCUCCUGAAGGCGGGUUUGACGCCAUCCUGCAGGCAGCCGUAUGUGAGGACAAAAUCGGCUGGAGGAAGGAGGCGUAUCACCUGCUGGUGUUUGCCACGGACGACGUGCCGCACCUGGCUCUGGAUGGGCGGCUGGGGGGCCUGGUUAGGCCUCACGAUGGGCGGUGCCACUUGGACGACCAAAACGAGUACAGCGCGUCCACCAAGAUGGAUUAUCCAUCUCUGGCUUUGCUGGGGGAGAAGCUGGCAGAAAACAACAUCUUCCUCAUCUUCGCUGUUACCAAACGGCACUAUGUCAUUUACAAGAACUUGACGGCCCUCAUACCAGGAACCACGGUGGAGAUUCUGGACCAGGACUCCAAGAACGUGAUCCAGCUGAUCAUCACAGCCUACAGCAACAUCCGCUCGAAAGUGGAGCUGACCACAUCAGACCCCCCAGAGGACAUCAACCUGUCCUUCACCGCCACCUGCCAGGAUGGGAAGCCCCUGCCAGGCCUCAGGAAGUGUGCUGAUCUUAAGUUAGGAGACACGGUCUCCUUUGAUGUGAGUGUGGAGACGAGGAGCUGUUCCUCCAACAACCCCAAACAGAGCUUCACCAUCAAGCCGGUGGGCUUCGAGGACCGCCUGGAGGUGGCCGUGACAUACGAGUGCGACUGCGGCUGCAGCCAGAACGCGCAGACCAACAGCAGCAUCUGCAGCUCUAUCGGUACGUACACCUGUGGUACCUGUCACUGCGAGCCGGGAUAUCUGGGUGCCCACUGCGAGUGCCAGGAGGGUGAUGGCAACAGUAUGGCUGUCAGCGCCUGCCGGGAAUCGGAGGGCAAGCAGCUGUGCAGCGGCCGUGGGGAGUGCAGCUGCAACCAGUGUUUGUGCUACGAGUCCGAGUUUGGCAAGUUCUACGGCAGCUUCUGCGAGUGCGACGACUUCUCCUGUGCCCGGCACAAAGGCAUCCUCUGCUCAGGUCAUGGCGAGUGUCACUGCGGUCAGUGCAAAUGCCACGCCGGCUACGUUGGUGACAACUGCAACUGCUCCACGGAGACGGCGUCCUGCAUCGCAGAAGACGGGAAGAUGUGCAGUGGGCGGGGUCAGUGCGUGUGCGGCCGCUGUCGGUGCACAGAGCCGGGGGCUUUCGGGGACACCUGUGAGAAAUGCCCCACCUGCCCCGAUGCAUGCGGCUCCAAACGAGACUGCAUCGAGUGUCGGCUCUUCGGCUCAGGAAGACUUGCAGACAACCAGACCUGCCAGCGCCUGUGCAAGGACCAGAUCCUCACUGUGGAGAGCCUGAAAACGGAUGGCACCACCCUCUGCCUCUACAAGACGCACGACGACUGCAUCAUGAAGUUCACGUACUCGGAGCACGCCAGCGGGCAGUCUGUCCUCACGGCACUCAAGGAGCCCGAGUGUGGCGGCGGUCCAGAUGCCCUCAUGGUGCUGCUCGCCGUGGUUGGCAGCAUCCUGCUGGUGGGAGUGGUCCUACUCGCCGUCUGGAAGCUCGUCAUUACCGUUCAUGACCGCAGAGAGUUCGCUCGCUUCCAGAACGCACGGUGGCGUGCUCGAUAUGAGGUGGCCUCCAACCCGCUGUACAAGCAGCCCGUCUCCACACACCGCUUGGUAACAGACUUGAACAUGCAUGGGAAGUUCUACAAUGGCGGUUUCCACUGAUCCACUGGCCCCCACCCCAGCAGGCCUGAUCCUGGAGGAGGAGGACCGUGCACUCACCCCUGCCACGCCUCCUCCACCCCCACAAUGCUGGCAGGUGUGAGUCCAGAGCUGGUUCCCCACUGAUCAGCCUGCAGACUCGUUAUGUUCACCCGAGCAGAGAGUCUCUCAUUCAUGCUCGUCUCCAGAAGACGCCUUUGUGCUUCUGCAGUGAAGAUUUGGUACUAACAUUCACUAAGCCCGUCGUUUUGCACAGAGGAUUGAGAACACUUUAAUGCUUUGGUUGCACUAGUUUUUCUGUACGGCAGUUUUUCCUUCUUCAGACUGAAAGUGCUGAACUGGUCUGGAUCCUGACAGGAGUUGGGGUUUUGCUGACUUAGUUGAUUAUUUUCUGGAGGAUUUCCAGCAGGUAAACAGACCUGUUUUUGAUUGAAUCGGAUUUUUCCGUGAAGUUAGAUUUUUCUUAUCCUGAUAUAUGUUAUUGAGCGGGGUCUUUCCAGAAAGGAUUCAUGCAGGGAGGGCAGGAAGGUCUGCUUUCACAGCGGCUGUUUCUACGUCUUCCUCCCAACAGCAGGCAGGGUUCAUUUUUCCGAAGGGGGAGUCAUAACGGGAACAGAAAUAAAGCUCAGGAGCAGCCGACCUGUCCAGGUGAAUUGUUCUUUGGUAGCUCCGCCCACAUGGCCCCCCCUGGAGCUUUGAACUGCUUACUCUUGCUGUUGAAUCUGGAUGAUUGUUGUGAACAGAGCCAGUUUCUGUUCCAUCCCAUCCAUUCAUCACCUUUAGCUGAUUUUUGCUUUGAAACGUGUCUGUGCUUGAAUUCAGUCCUUUGUACCUUUAACAGUAACACUUCCUACGGACAAAAUACAUGGGACUUCAGCUGUUAUAUUAAUUAUUGUAUUGAUUUGUGAAAAUAGAAAAUAGAAUUCAUUUGAUUUUGCUAAGUACAAGGAUUUAUUGGAGAUAAAUUUUAAAAUGAAAUGUUUCUAGAAAAAAAAAAGUAAAACUCACGUCUGACAGAAGCAGGAAAGGCUGAGCUCUAAUAAAAACCUAAAAAGCC